AUGGCGAACUGGGAUGAUUAUGAUGAAACAGAAACAGAGGAACCUGAAGAAGCUAGCUUAUGUUUAAUGGCAGAUACUAAAGACAAGGAGUUACAUUACAUCGGAUCUAGAAACCGACUCUCCGGGAAGAUUCCGGCGUCGCUGGCGAAUCUGAACCUGGCGUUUUUGGACUUAUCGAGAAACGCGUUGGAGGGUGAUGCAUCGGUGUUUUUUGGGUCGAAGAAAGAAACUCAGCAGAUAGUGUUGGGGAAUAACAAGUUUGGUUUUGAUUUUGGGAAAGUUGGGUUGUCGAAGAAUUUAGAGAAGUUGGAUUUGAGGAAUAAUAAAAUAUACGGUACGUUACCGGAGGGACUGACGGCGCUGAAGUUUUUGCAUAAGUUGAAUGUGAGUAGCAAUAAUUUGUGUGGUCAGAUUCCAUCGUUAAGAUUUGAUGAGACUUCUUAUGCUCAUAAUAAAUGCUUGUGUGGUUCUCCUCUUCCACCCUGCAAAACUUGAAUGGAUCCCAUUAAUAUGUGGGCUUUCA